UACACAUGCUUGCUUUCCCAUUAGAGCAUGUAGGACAGUAGUCGUGCUGUCGAGAAACAUUCAAAUCUGAGUGAUGUGUUUUGUUCAUGGAGGACUCUAUUGAUGCUGAGGCGCUUUAGCAGGUAGGAAGUUAUCUAAAGUAUCUAGCUAAACUGUAUCUUUGUUUUUUAGGAGACAGUAUGAGUGGUCAAAGUCCUCCAGCCGGUGAUGGCAUUACUCCAUUCCAGAGGAUGGUGGCAUCCUGCUCCGGAGCCAUCAUCACCUCUUUAUGUGUUACACCUUUGGAUGUUGUGAGGGUCAGACUGCAAUCACAGAAAAAUCCCUUCCCUAAAGAGAAAUGCUUUGCCUACUGCAAUGGACUUGAAAAUGGCAACUCCAGGGCCUGGUACAAAGCCCCCGGUCACUUCAAUGGCACACUGGAUGCCUUCGUCAAGAUAGUACGUCAUGAAGGAAUAAAGGCGUUAUGGAGCGGUCUACCUCCAACCCUUGUGAUGGCAGUCCCAUCUACAGUGAUCUACUUCACGUGCUACGACCAGCUGUGUUUGGCGCUUAGGGUCAGGAUGGGAGACCGUGCUCAGGAAGCUCCUCCUCUGGCGGCAGCUAUCGCUAGAGUUUGUUCAGUGACAGUGAUCACCCCUCUGGAGUUGGUCCGCACGAAGAUGCAGUCUCGGAAGAUGUCAUACAGGGAGCUGACCGACUGCAUCCGCUCUGCAGUGCAGAUGGAGGGCUGGCUGUCUUUAUGGCGAGGUUGGGGGCCCAUGAUCUACCGAGACGUGCCCUUCUCAGCCAUGUACUGGUACAACUACGAGAAGGGCAAGACCUGGCUGUGUGAAUGGUAUAACACCAGAGAACCCACGUUCACCAUUACCUCCAUAUCUGGAUCGGUGUCUGGCAUUAUUGCGUCACUUUUAACGUUACCUUUUGAUGUCGUCAAAACGAGAAGACAGGUGGAGCUGGGAGAACUACAAGCAAAGAAUUUGUCCUACUCCACCUUCAGCGUCAUGAGCAGGAUUGUGGCGCAGGACGGCUUUGGCGGACUGUUUAAAGGUUGCCUCCCAAGAUUGAUCAAAGUGGCCCCGGGCUGCGCCAUCAUGAUCAGCACUUAUGAGUUUGGAAAAGCCUUUUUCCGCAAACAAAACCAGGAGAAGAUCCUCAGCCCACUGCAAACCAGUAACACCUGAUACCUCAUUUCUCUCCACGAAACAUAACGACUGUUAGACUCAUGUUGCCAAAUUAAAACACAAGCAGAAAUGGAAGUGAAAAAAUAAUUAACUACUUGACCCAUUUCUGCAUUACAAGAUUUAUAGGAUUUUUUUAUUAUUUAAUAUUCUACUAUUUUAUGUUCACCACUACAGAUCCUGUGCGCACAACUGAAAAUAAAUAAUGUUUUGUCUC